AUGGACAUCGUCGCUCUUCAAGAGACCAGACUUGCAGGAUCAGGAUCUGUGAGAGAGAGACACUUCUCCUUUUUCUGGCAGGGGAAACCACCAGACGAGACCUGGGAACAUGGAGUGGGUUUUGCGGUCAGAAACACCCUCCUAGGAUCCAUCAUUCCACCUACAGAGGGAACUGAGCGAAUCUUGCCCCUUCAGCUUCACUCUUCAACAGGACCAGUCAGCCUAAUUAGUGCCUACGCACUAACACUGUCCUCCACAGCUGAAGCUAAGGACAAAUUCUACGACGACCUCAGCGCCGCCAUAGAAAAAAUCCUGGAACACGAGUCACUGUUCAUCCUCGGAGACUUCAACGCUAGAGUCGGUUCUGAUCACUACUCUUGGCCCACCUGUCUGGGUCAAUUCAGCAAAGGAAGGAUGAACAAGAACGGGCAACGCCUGCUGGAACUCUGCUGCCACAAACACCUUCAAACGAAACCCCAACACAAAGUCUCCUGGAGACAGCCAAGAUCCAAGCACUGGCAUCAACUUGACCUCAUCCUUACCAGACGCGGCCGUCUACCCAGCAUCCAGAUCAGGCCUCGCAUUGACACUAACAAGACGCGCGUCCCAGAGAAAGUGGAGGAAUUUGCACGUGUGCUUGAGGAAUCCGUCCCAGGCCUUCCUGAUGCCAGUGCCCCCAAGCGGUGGGAGCACUUCAGAGAUACCGUGUACAAUGCUGCCAUGACCACCUUUGGCAAGAAGACCUGUAAGUCAGCAGAUUGGUUCGAGGCUCACUCAGAAGAAAUGGUUCCAGUCAUCGAGGAGAAGCAGAAUGCCUUGACAGCCUACAAAGCCUUCCCCACCAAACGCAACCUGCAAGUCCUCCGGGCCGCCUGCAGCAAAGCCCAGCAGUGUGCCAGGCAAUGCGCCAAUGAUUACUGGCUUCAGCUCUGCUCUCAGAUACAGCUGGCAGCAGACACGGGCAACAUCAAGGGCAUGUACGAUGGUAUCAAGCAGGCCCUGGGCCCAACACAGAAGAAAAUCAACCCCUUGAAGUCUGCCACAGGGGAGGUAAUCCAGGAACGGACACAACAGAUGGAGCACUGGGUAGAGCACUACUCUGAGCUGUACGCCAGGGAGAACAUAGUCACUGAAGACGCCCUAAAUGCCAUCGAGUGUUUGCCAAUGCUGGAGGAGCUGGAUGCAGAACCAACCCCCGAUGAACUCAGCAAAGCACUGGACUCCCUUACCACCGGAAAAGCCCCCGGGAAGGACGGCAUACCUGCCGAGGUCUUGAAGUGCUGCAAAGGUGACAGGAGCUUCUGCAACAACUACCGUGGCAUCUCUCUCCUCUGCAUCAUUGGGAAGAUGUUCGCUCGCCUUAUCCUAAAGAGGCUCCAAGUUCUAGCAGAGAGAGUCUACCCCGAAUCACUGUGGGUUCAGAGCCAACAGGUCUACCAUCGAUAUGGUGUUCUCGAUCAGGCAACUGCAGGAGAAAUGCAGAUAACAGUGGCAACCUUUCUUUGUAGACUUCAUUGA